AGGACUUGUUUGAACUCCUUCAUGAGAGAGUAAGUCCUAUAAGGAAAAGUCAAGAGUCUGUGGAGGCCUCUCCAGGACCUAUAAAGAAAGCCGUAAUUGGCUGAUAAGGGUUUCCAUAGAGCCGGGUAUUAUGCCAUAAGCAGUUUUGAAUAGGAGCUCUGGCAAAUAACACCAUCUCAAAGGUUCGAUUGUUGUCUUCACAAGAAGUUAGUUUGAAACUUAAAUUCUUUAAAUGUUCUGCAAAUGAUAUUUCGAACUAGAAACGAAAUCUUAAAAGAUCGUUGUCUACUAGUCUAAGACUAUCUUGCGAAAAUGUUUGAUAUACGGAAUUGUUAAUUCUUGUGAAAAAUGAUUAUGAAGAAGUGAUUUUGUCUGGCGAGAAACCCCGUAGGGAGCGUCCUUGGUGAUACGUAGCAACGGCCGUGCGCGUUGGAUUUCCGCCACCACGCCGCACAAUGUGUGCAGGUUUGUUUAGUAAGACGAGGGCGCAAGGCCAAGACAAAGAACAGGUGAUUGGAUCUCUCUCUCACGGUGGCUACAAAAUACCAGCUCUAUUGGGUCUCAUGGCAGGCCGGUAAUUGAGCUGUUUUCUAUGGGCCGGCCCUGACUGGAUCAGACUACUGCAGACUCACUACUGCGUGACCCGUGGAGAGACCCGGGCGGACUCGGUUCAACUCCCAAACAACGUGCGUUUUGGCGUCAACAGCACAAGUCAAGGGCCGCUGUUUGGAAACACACGGCCGGCCGUGAGGGACACACGGGCCAUGGGGAUCCUCCACCGUGCCGUGCUGGACGGGCGGGUGCACCAGGUCAGGCUGCUCGUGUCCAUCGGGGUGAGCCUGGAGGAGCGCGACCGGGGCGGGCUCACCCCGCUCAUGCUCACCUGCUACGUCGACAAGGAGGAAUCCGGACUCCGCAUUGCCAGAAUUCUGGCCCGUUCCGGAGCGUACUUGAACGUGGAAGACUCUGCCGGAAUGAAUGUUCUACACCACGCCUGUAAGGCCGGGAAAUACGGCAUCGUCGCCUUCCUACUCGACGAGGACGCUAUGGUUACCAACAGUCCCGACAAGCUGGGCAACACCCCGCUGAACUAUGCUGCUAUCAACGGGAACCCUCAGUUGGUAAAACUAUUGGUGAACAGUUUGACUCGGUACAGGGUUGAUAUUGAUCAUAGGAAUAAGGAAGGCUUCACGGCGCUACUUCUAGCGACCAAGUACGGACACUACCAGGCCUCGCAGAUUCUGUUACGGGAGGGCCGCGCUUCCACGAGAGUCCGGGACAACGAACACUUCAUGAACCCGUCUGAGUGGGCGAAGAAGAGUCACAGCAUCCACACCAGGUACAUGCGACAAAAGACCGCCGCGACCCGACGCAUCAUGACCGGGAAGUUCGGGCCUCCCUCCGCGAGCGACAGCGACUCUUCCCGAAGCACGACGUCGUCUCUCUCCGCCUCUGAUCGGUCCAUCUCGCCGACGACUAUCGCGCGUUCCGAGCGACUUUCGAUGGCACCCUCACCGAGAAAAACUACCGCUGUUUCCUUAAGCUUCCCUCAGCUAAGACCCCAGCGAUUUACAAGCCAUAGCAACACCAACUCUUGUAGCUUCCAAGAACAGCACCUGCGGCCCUUAUUGACGACAAUACGACAAAGGAGCGCGAAGGAAGGUCGACCGUUUUCUUCAAGUACCAUCGCCUCAAGUGCCAGCAUUCCCUCAAGUUCGUCCUCUUCCGUGACCCUUAUAGAAGCACCACCGGAGGAGGUGCGAGACGUGGAAAACAACCAAUUAAGAACGAUAUUCCAGCUGUAUGAGAAAGACUUGAGAUGGAGACCCAAGUCUCUUCCUAUUCCAACCAUCUCACUAACGCCGCCCCCCUCCCCACGUCCGUUGCUGAACCCACAGCAGAGAGAGGGGUCGUUUGUGAGUGUCUUCACGGCGGGUACUGCCCUCACUACCGCCGGGUCAGGAGUGGGACUGACGGUGGAGUAAGGGCCAAUUUGAUGGCACUUAGACUCUCGAGAAACAGGUGCAAGGUUCAGAAUCAUUUACAUAGAUAUGGUAAACAUAGGACGUCUUUUCGUUCAUCUUAAUGUUUUUAAUCGAUUUACACAAUCCUUAAUUUCCUCAGUUUGUUUCAUGAUUAAAACAUAUGCUAUAAUUGUCUUGCGACGCUUACUCAUACUAACUUCCUGUCUACAUAAAAGAAAACUGCAUGUGUUCUUAUGUUACAUCAAAAACUGUACAUGUAAAGAAUGGUUUUUCAUUGUAAUGAAAUGACUCAGUGAACAUGAAACGUUUUCUGUACACAGACUAUUGUUUGGUGUGACUAGCUCCAGUGACAAUGGGAGCUGCCACAAAUUUGUUGAUGUCAAAGUUAAUCUCGUGUUAUGAACAACUUACAUGCUACGAUUUACAGGUAAAAUCUAAACACAUAUAAGUACUUGUGGAAAUAGUUUCUGUGGAUAUACGUGGACUUGUAUCAGCAAUUUUUACCUGUUAAAGUGAACUUGAUGUGAAAUGUGGUACAUGGCAAAUAUGUAUGGAUAUAUAGGUCUCAAAUAUGUGCAUUGGAUAGGUCUUAUAUCAUGGACUAGUUGAAAGGUAUUGUGGAAAUAGAUUUUGUAUGGAUGUUAAACUCAUGAUCUAAGCUCGAAAGACGUGAUGUUCCUCAGGGAGUUGAAAAUACUGAAUGAACUGAUUACAAAUGUGCCAAUCCUGAAAAUGACAUUUCGUAGCUUCGUGAAUUAUUCACGGGAAGAACCGUCCACUUUUCUGACUGCUUGCUGGCUUCAAAGCAAAUCUGAGAAGAUUAAAGAAUAGAUUUGUCACUGUCUAA